GGAUGUAUUGUCAGCGAGUGUCAUUCGUAAGGAUUUAAGCUCAGUUAAUGUUGAGGAAGGGAGAAAUAAUGUGUUAAUUAAGUUAUUUGAUGGUGGAUUAAGAGACUCUAUUAAUGGGAAUUGUGAAUGUACAAGUGCCAAAACGCAUGUUGGCAGAGAAAAGGUUGCAACCAGUACAUUUGAAGAGUUGGCUGACAUUAUUAUUAUUUGUAGAGCAUACAAAGUGUUGACAGACAAAUUGAUUAUCGGUUGG